GUUCAUUGCCCGCCUGACGCUCUAACGCUUGGUCGUGUUUUUUUCGCUACGUUAUAACAUAAAUUUAAUACUUUGAAUGUAGUUAAGUCGUUAAACGAACAAAUAGAUAAUUUUAUUGAACACUGUUUAUAAAUGACUUCAAGUAAAUGUCAAGCAUAUGCGUCCAGUUUGGAAGACAGUGAAAAUGAUAGCGAUGAAACUGAAUGUAGUAUUGGUAGUAAUUCUACAGCUGGUACUCAUCGUAGUGAUACACCUACACGUAAUGCUCGCUAUAGAAGGAAAGGCAGACGGAGAAGUAAGACAGCAAAGUAUAAACCUUGCACUGAUAAACCGUUAUACAAAUAUUGUUGUAGUAUCAAAGAAGAUCAUGGACAACCACUCUUUGGAGUACAAUUUAAUCAUCAUUUAAAAGAAGGUGAACCAUUAAUAUUUGCCUCUGUAGGAAGCAACCGUGUGAGUAUUUAUGAAUGUCCAGAAGGUGGGAAUAUUAGAUUACGUCAGUGUUAUGCCGAUCCUGACUCUGAAGAGAAUUUUUAUACAUGUACUUGGACUUAUGAUGAUUCUGGUAAACCAUUAUUGGCUGUGGCAGGAUCUCGAGGUGUAAUAAGAGUUAUUAGUUCUGUAACUAUGACUUGUAUUAAACAUUAUAUUGGUCAUGGUCAUGCAAUAAAUGAGUUAAAAACUCAUCCUAAAGAUCCAAAUAUAUUACUCUCUGCAUCUAAGGAUCAUGCAUUGAGAUUAUGGAAUAUAAAAACAGAUGUAUGUAUAGCAAUUUUUGGUGGUGUUGAAGGCCAUCGAGAUGAAGUGUUAAGUGCUGAUUUUGAUAUGAAAGGUCAGCGAAUUAUUUCUUGUGGAAUGGACCAUGCUUUAAAACUUUGGUCAUUGGACAAGCCAGAUAUGCAAGAAGCAAUUAAACAGUCAUAUUAUUGUAAUCCUAGUAGAAAUGGAAGACCAUUUGACUCUAUACUUCAACAUUUUCCAGACUUCACAACACGUGAUGUACAUCGUAAUUAUGUGGAUUGUGUUAAGUGGUACGGCGAUUUUAUUUUAAGUAAAUCUUGUGAAAAUUGUAUUGUAUGUUGGAAGCCAGGCCGUCUUGAAGACACUCAAUUACGUAAUGGAGAAACUAGUGCUACUGUUUUACAUCGUUUUGAAUUCAAAGAAUGUGAUAUUUGGUUUAUAAGAUUUUCUAUGGAUUUUUGGCAACGUACUAUAGCAUUAGGAAAUCAAGUAGGUAGGACAUAUGUAUGGGAUUUAGAAGUUGAUGAACCUGGUCAAGCACGUUGUUAUUCCUUACAACAUCCACGCUGUACAGCUCCAAUACGACAAACUAGCUUGAGUCGAGAUGGCAAUGUACUAUUAUGUGUUUGCGAUGAUGCUACAGUAUGGAGAUGGAAUCGUGAACAUUGAUAUAUUGUUAUAUUUCAAUUAACUAAUAGAUUAAAUGCAGGAAAACUUGUUGUGAUUCAGAGAAACAUAUUAAUUUAGUACAUAUUUUAUACAUAAACACAUGAUAUUUGUAACAAUUUUACAAUUAUAUUAAUGGUUCAAUCAGA